UGUGGCCCUGUGUCUCAGAUCCAAAACCUGCCCACAGACCUUCUUCCACUUGUCCUAAUUUCAUAAACCUCUCAAAGGGUUAGACAAUUCAUGCAAGUUGGUGUUUCAUGAUUCUCAACCUAAAAAAGAACGAAAAAAGUUUGAGGAUCCUGAGGAAUAGAGUUGAUCAGUGAGUUGUGCUUUGGAAUUUAGAGAUCUAUGGAGAAGUAUGAGAUUGUGAAAGAUAUUGGGUCUGGGGCUUCUGGGGUAGCAAGGUUGGUAAGAGAUAAAUGUACCGGAGAGCACUUUGCUGUUAAGUUCAUCGAGAGAGGCAACAAGAUCAAUGAAAAUGUACAAGGGGAAAUCAUGAACCACAGAUCCUUGAAGCAUCCCAAUGUUGUUCAAUUCAAAGAGGUCCUGCUGACACCAACUCAUCUAGCCAUUGUGAUGGAGUAUGCUGCUGGAGGAGAACUCUAUGAGAGAAUAUGCAAAGCCGGUAGAUUUAGUGAGAAUGAGGCAAGGUUUUUCUUCCAGCAAUUGAUAUCAGGAGUUGGUUACUGCCAUAAAAUGAAAGUAUGUCAUAGAGAUCUUAAGCUUGAAAAUGCACUCUUAGAUGACAGCACAGCACCGCGGGUGAAAAUAUGUGAUUUUGGAUCAUCAAAGUCACUACUACUACAUUCUCGGCAAAAAUCUACUGCGGGAACUCCGGCUUAUAUUGCACCUGAGGUCCUAUCUGAAAAACAAUAUGAUGGAGAGAUUGCAGAUGUUUGGUCUUGUGGGGUCUCCCUAUAUGUCAUGAUUGUUGGAGCAUAUCCCUUUGAAGAUCCUAAGGACCCUACGAACCUUAGAAAAACAAUUCUGCGGACCCUUACUGUAUGCUACUCAAUCCCUGGUAAUGUACGAGUUUCUGUGGAAUGUAGAGACUUGCUCGCUAAGAUAUUUGUGGCAAACCCAGAAAAGAGAAUUACAAUUUCAGAAAUUAAGAACCACUGUUGGUUCUUAAAGGAUUUACCUAUGGAAAUGUGGGAAGGAGGAAGUUGGGAAAGCAAUGAUGUAAACCAUCCAUCCCAAAGCAUAGAAGAAGUCCUGUCCAUAAUACAAGAGGCAAGAAAACCUUUAAAGGCCCCAACUGUCAGUAGGCAUCUCGUAGGAAGCAGCAUGGCUAUUGAUGAUGCUGAUGUUGGAGUCAAGUUUUGUCUUUUCCUUGAGGCUUGAGGGAUCCAAAGUUAAAGCCAUUUCUCCGUGUUCGUUGGCUGCGGUCUCUUUGCUCCGACUGUUUUUGUGGUUGGUGAUGGGAGGAUCUUGGAUCCAUAUCAGGUCGUUGGUCCUCAGGUUGGGAUGCCCGAAGGAGGUUUGAUCUAUGGGGCGGCAUGGUCGUCGGCGUCCAGAGAUAUUUGGAUGCAGAUGAUGAUGGCGGAGGUUGGUCGGAUCCGGGCAGACUGGGUCGAGUGAUUUGGUCCUCUGCUAUGGACGACGACAUUGAUGCUGACUGCUGGGAUACGUUUUGGCUUGCGUCGACUGGCUUUGGUGACUGGAGUGGCGGCUCUAAGCCUGGCGGUAGGUACGGCGAUGGACGCGGUGGUGACCACGAUGGCGGUGGCAGCGACGACCAAAGUGGCAGCAACCUCCCCAUGGAUUGCGCCAGGGUUUCACAAGGCUGGGCCUCUUGGGCUACUAAGUGGUGGUGGGCUUUCAUGUGGGCUUGGUUAUUUUGGGCCUACAUGAUUGUUCGGGUUUUAUUUGUUAUUUUUGUUUUUGGUUUCCAUCCUUUUAUACAAAAGGAUGAUGAACCAAUUUUUUUCUUUAUUUGAGUGGGGAAGAUCGACAAGAAACAGGUAGCCUCGUAGGUAGUUUAUUGAUUUUGGGGUUACUUAGUUUCUUGUUUUUGCGCUUAAUAAAAAAAGAUGAGUGUGCUAGGGGUGUGCUAAGUAGAAUGCUCGUGUGAAGGGUGUGCUAGGGUUUGUGUGCUCUAUGUAAUGACGUCUACUGACGGCCCUCUGGGCAAGUGAUUAUUGUACUACUUGCUGAAAUGCUUAAU